AUGACGACUAUGACCAUUCAUGGGAACUCGCAAUUCCAGAAGCCCUCCUCUCUACGCUGGACGUGGGAGUCACCCGGUGGAAGGUACCGUUAUGAAAUAGACCACAUCAUCGUCAAUAAAAGGUUCUGCCUGACGGACGUCGCUACCACUGCAUCGAGAAAGGGGAUGAAGAAAAUCAUCUACGACUUCUUCUCUGAUCUCUUCAACAGCCAUGUCCACUUGCGUCCUCACUAUAUGAGAGAAGACGGUCAUGUCAUUCCAGAGGUUCUCCCGCCCGAAUUACGACAUACUAUCAUGUCGGUAAGGAAUCGUACAGCACCCUAUCCCGACAGAAUAAGAUUUGAACAUCCGAAGAAUCUUCCGUCAGUACUCAUCAACACCCUGGCGAGGCUCUUUACACGUUACCUGUCGAAAUGCAAGGUUCCUAAACAGUGGAAGACUGGCAAGACCGUGUUGUUGUAUAAAAAGGGAGAUCCACAUGACAUCGGCAACUAUCGCCCAAUCUGCUUACUGUUCUACAAGCUCUUUACAAGACUGAUCCUUAACAGGAUUGAGAAAGUGCUAGAUGAAGGACAGCCGUGCAAGCAAGCAGAGUUUCGAAGAGAAUUCAGCAAGAUUGACCAAAUUCACACUGUUUUCAAACUCAUAGAAAUAUCGCGAGAGUAUAAGAUGCCGCCAUUACAUCAGCCAAGUGGAACGAACACUGACCGAGUUCGACGAAAAUAUGGAUGCAUAGGUCUUCAGCUGAAUCUGGAAAAGACGAUGUUCUUGCGUAAAGGAUGGGUCUCGGAUGCCUCAUUCACGCUCUACGGAACGAACAUAUCCGAGUGCACCAGUUACGUUUAUCUGGGUCGGGAACUGAACAUGAUGAACGACCUGGCCUCUGAGCAAGGCAGGAGAAAGCUAGCGGCUAAGAGAGCGUAUAAAAGCAUCGUGGAUGUAGUGUAG